CGCAGGCAAGACUCGUCAAUAGUGGGUGCUGCAGGCUGCCGAAACCAUCAUUAUCUUGCGUGGCCCGUCUGUAAGCGCGCUGGUAAGCAUCCAUCCAUGUCGCGUGCAAUCUGCAGCUCUCUCACUCGCCGUUCUUUCAUUCGACCUCGUAUUACACCUGCACUGAAUUGCUCUCAAAUUAUACCAUCUUUCUUCCAGCCAUCGCGGGCACGACCAUCCGACUCUAGACACCUCACUGGUCAACCUUGGCCGUAUAUCUACCGAACAGAACCUUCGCCCAACAUGGCUCCUCAACUGGACACCUACUACAAAACUGUAGACUCUCUCGCAGAAGACUUCAUCGAACGACUGCGCAAAGCCGUGGCCAUUCCGUCCAUCUCCGCAGAGGAGGCGAGACGACAGGAUGUUGUCAAGAUGGGUCUGUUCCUCAAGGGCGAGCUAGAGGCCCUGGGCGCACACAUGGAAGCCCGGCCGUUAGGAAAGCAGCCUGGAAAAGAGCACCUAGAACUUCCACCUGCAGUCAUUGGUCGUUACCCGGCAAAGAAAGACGAGAGCAAACGCACCAUCUUGGUAUACGGACACUACGACGUUCAGCCUGCUGAUCUGUCCGAUGGAUGGGCGACGGAUCCUUUCACUUUGACAGUCGACGACAAGGGACGCAUGUAUGGUCGUGGUAGCACAGACGACAAGGGUCCUGUUCUCGGCUGGGUCAACGUCAUCCAAUCACACCAAAAGGCCGGCAUUGAGUUCCCCGUCAACCUUCUCAUGUGCUUCGAGGGUAUGGAGGAAUACGGAUCAGAAGGUCUGGACGACUUUAUCGAGGCGGAGUGCAAGCCUGGCAAGUUCUUCGCGGAUGCCGACGCGGUGUGCAUCAGCGACAACUACUGGCUUGGAACUGAGAAGCCCUGCCUUACAUAUGGUCUGCGCGGCUGCAGCUACUACUCGAUCGAGAUCAGCGGACCAGGCCAGGACCUCCACUCGGGUGUCUUUGGUGGUACUGCACAGGAACCCAUGACCGACUUGGUCCGCGUCAUGGGCAGCUUGGUGGACACCGACGGCAACAUUCAGAUUCCCGGUAUCAAGGAGCUCGUUGCACCGCUUACGAAAGAGGAGGAAAGUCUCUACAAGGAUAUUGCGUUCACCAUGGACAACCUCUACGAAUCUCUGGGUAGCCAGACCAGCAUCUUCCCCGACAAGGAGCGCACACUGAUGGGUCGCUGGCGAUUCCCUUCGCUCUCGCUCCACGGUGUCGAGGGUGCUUUCUCUCAACCCGGUGCCAAGACCGUUAUCCCGGCCAAGGUCAUUGGAAAGUUCUCCAUCCGUACUGUACCCGACAUGCAGCCCGACGACGUCGAUGCUUUGGUGUUCAAGUACGUGAAGCAGGUCUUCGCCGAUCUCAAGUCCAAGAACAAAUUGAACGUGCACCUCCAGCACAGCGGCAAGUGGUGGGUUGCGUCACCAAAGCACUGGAACUUCACUGCAGCGGCAAAGGCCGUGGAGAGCGUGUUCAAGGUCAAGCCGGAUCUCACGCGUGAAGGCGGCAGUAUUCCCGUCACUUUGACCUUCGAGCAGGCGACCGGUAAGAACGUUCUUCUAUUGCCCAUGGGCUCGUCGACGGAUGCGGCGCAUUCCAUCAAUGAGAAGUUGGACCGCAGGAAUUACAUCGAGGGCAUUAAAUUACUAGGCGCGUACCUGCAUUAUGUGGCGGAGGAGCCCACUGAGGGUUAAAUGUCUUGUAGAGUAUGAUACGAUACCGCGACGCGAAUUGACGUUCACGUCUGUUAUGAGAGUCUUCAUGCUCCAGAUGAACAUGAUCACCUCCGAUGAUGGUGAUGUUGCCAUCGCGUACUGAUCAUCAUCAUAAGUCUGUCAUCGCGCGUUGAUGGAUUCCUGUAGCAAUGACGUGAUGCUGUAUAGUGCACGAAAAGAGGGGUCCAAUUGCGCAUGUCUAUAAUGUCCCACUCCGCCCACGUUUAUGCUCUACCUAGGUAAUCCAUAGCAUAUUCCCAAUAAUUUAUCUACUACUGUAGGUAAU